UUGGUUGACUCGGCGUCCACUCUAGGAUCAAAACAAAGGAUGCUGCUUCCUCAUCACAUCUUGGAGCAACAGAUCCUCUCCUUCGUACCACCAUCUACGAUUCGCAAACAUGCCAACCACGCCUGCUCGUCCCAAGAGCGAGGAAAGCAGCGCGAGUACACCGCGCAAGAAGAGAAGCCAAGCACCAGGCAGUGUAACCUCGUCACCCGCUUCCCCUUCUUCGCCACCUCGCCCACCCAACGCGUGGAUCCUGUAUCGCUCCUUCAAGAUCGAGCAGCUCAAGCAGUCCGAGGGCGCUGCCGCCACCGCUACAUCAGAUCAGGACCACGCGACUACGCCCACAAAGACGAAGAAGCGUCGCUCCCAAUCGCCUGCCAAGGGGGCACUGACCGCCACAGCGCUGGCUGCUCUGGCGGCUGCUUCACCCUCCUCCUUCGACUCGCCCUUCUCCAAGACUCCCCGCUCCCAACCUGCUACAGCCACGACUCCCUCCCUCGCCUCGGGCCCUACAUCCUCCUCCUUCGCUCCGUCCUCCUCGCACACAUCAAGCAGUCCCAACUCGCGCAGCAAGGCUGGCCCUGCCCCUUCCACCUUCUCCACCUCAACCGCCGCCACCUCUUCAUCCACGGCGUCAUCGUCGACGACACCAAAUGUCUCAACCCUCAUAGCCCAACUAUGGGCCACCGAACCGCCCCAAGUGAAAGAAUCCUUCCACGCCCUCGCCCGCGAGAAGGAGGAGGAGCACAAGCGCCUCUGGCCAGACUAUAAGUACAAGCCGAGCGUGACGGACAAGGCUAAGCGGGCCCGCGCGAGGCGCAGGAGGGGGAGGGAUGGCGAGCCAGUGAGCAGUAGGCUCGAGGGGAGCCCGUUGCGCGGUGUAGGGGCGAAUGGGGAGCGACGUAGUGGAAGCCCGGUGAGGGAGAGUGUGGCGCCUUAUCCUUCUACGCCUGUGAGAGAGAGGGUCAAGAUGCUCAGCAAUCCAACACCUGGUCCCUUCGACAAGGCCACUGCGCCUGCCACGCCUGGUGAUCCCUCGCCUACAUCCGGUUAUCGCACCGUGAGCGGCUCGUCGAGCAAUGCCACGGCCACUACAGCGGACACGUGCAUCGUCCACGACACCACCCCUUCGAGCCACUCUCUGCGAUCAGGUCACGACUACAUCUUCGGUGCACCCCCGCCCCUUGGCCUACACGACGCUCUUGCACCACCCGUGGCAGCUUGGCAGUCCCCAAGCCCGAGCCUGAGCCCGAGCCCGACAUUGGCGCGCACCUUGGGCUUGACAAACCACCACCACGGGGAAGGGGAAGUAGCUACUUCCCAGCUCGGCGGCGAAACCGAUAUCGGCGCCAACUUCGACCUAGAUCCAGAACUGAUGGACUGGCUCAACGCGCAGACGGCUGAUGCGUUUGCUCCGUUGCCUUCCCCGCCUGGUAUGGCGGCGCACGCGCAGGUCGCUGCGGCUUCGCAGGGGGAAAUGGUGGGGAUGGACGUUGAUUCGAAGUGGUCGAGGACGGAUCCGCUCCAGCUUGGAGGCGCGGGCCCUUGCUCGUCAAUGAACGCUAGUAAUCAGGCCUUCACGGACCUUUUCACCACCCCUCUCCCUGCACCACCACCAGCUCCUCCUCCUCCUCAGACGGCACCUUUUCCCGCCAGUGACAGCACCGCAGCCGCAGCCGCAGCUACAGGGGACGACACCCUCUGCCACCUCUCCUUCAGCCUCGAUGCCUCCCGCCUAGAGCACCUCCUCGCCGAUCCGGUCGAUCGAUGCGUCCUACCCUCUGAAGUCAAGGCGAGGGAGCAACGCCAGCAGCAGCAGCAGGAGAGCGAGGGCGAGGGCACGGCUACGGGCACGGGGACAUUUGCGUGGAAUAGGCUCGCCUCGAGUAGCAUCCUCUCUUCGUCCGAAAUCACAGCACCGCGAGCUGCGCCCUCUUCACCAUCGCCCCGUCCCCCCUGGGUCAACGACACCGAAUCUGCUGCUCGACCAGUCUCGCCUCACUCGAGGACAAGCUCGAACCUCUCCCCUAUGCCGAUGACGAGACGCGACCCUCCAGGAGCUCCAAUACCGUCACGAGAGACUUCGCGUUCGCGUCCCUGCUCACCCACCCCUGUAUCGCCUCACCGUUUCCCACGACCACGCGCUGCUCGACUACGCUUGCCUGCGCAGGUUUCCGGGCCCUCGUCGUCGCCGCCGCCGCCGUCGCUGUGCAAGACCAGGGCGACGCCUACAUCUCUCCGGCCUCAGGCACAUCGAGGCGAGCCCUCUGGCUCUUCGAUCGCCUCCUCAUCAUCCUCCUCCUCCUCCUCGCUCUCCCUCCAAUCCAAAUCGCAACGUCCUGCGCGCAGCUUCGCGGAUCACGAGGGCUCUUCCGCAGCCACGAUGGCGGGCGUGACAGAAUCCUCUCCUCGUCGCCAAGGCAGCAGGGGGAGGCGCACCGAGUUUCUCCUCAAUGGCGCGUACACGGCAAAGGAGCUCAAGCGAUUAUUGGAGGCGAGUGGGGAGGAAGAAGGUGAGGGGGAAGAGGAUCGUACUGGUAGUCCAAACGAUGAGGCGUAGAUGGACUGGCUUGCUACUUGUCCCUUUUGGUCACUCCGUGCUCCAGCGUGUCGAGACGCAAUUGUCAUCUCUGAUUUGAACGAAUGUAUAGAUGCAUAGGCGACAAAAACCACGACGCCGCUGAUGAUGAUUCCCCCU